AUGGACAUGGAGAUGAUCUUUGACCACUGGGUAAAGUUUGUUGGCAUUUUUGCUGGACUUUUCGUCGCCUAUAUCGUGGGCAAGAUCAGCUACAUCCUGUGUUUUGAUAGUCUGAGCCACAUUCCUGGCCCCAAGUUCAAUGCUCUCUCUAUGGUGCCAUAUGCGAGGCACCUAAUCGCAGGAACGACAGUGCACAAUACCGUAGACUUGCACAAGAAGUAUGGCGAUGUGGUGAGGAUAUCGCCAGUGGAGGUUUCAUUUAUUUCCGGGGAGACUGCGUUUCCCGACAUUUACGGAUUCCGCACCGGCAAGUUGAAAGGCCAUCUCAACAUGGAAAAGGAUCCUGUGUGGUAUGUGAAACCCGCCAAUAGUACUCCAUCACUCUUACAUGCGAACGAGGAGGAUCACGGAAGAAUCCGUCGAAUUGUCUCCCAUGCAUUUAGCGAAAAAGCCCUCAUGGCUCAAGAGGGGCUUAUCCAGGGAUACGUCGAUCAACUGAUACACAAAAUGAGAGAAGUGACAUCCUCGACCAACAAUGCACCUGUAGAUAUGGUUCAGUGGUAUAAAUGGAUUAUGUUUGACUUGAUAGCUGAUUUAGCAUUUGGGGAACCAUUUGGAUGUCUCCAGGAUCUUUCCACGCACCAAUACAUUACACUUCUUUUCGACUCCCUAAAAUCGUUAAGAUUCUCAUAUAUCUCUGCUUUCUUCCCCUUUCUGAAAUAUCUGGGAAGCUUUGUUCUUGACAAAAGCCUCAUGCAAAAGCGCAAGGAUUAUCUGCAAUGGAUCGCCAGCCAAGUCAGAAAACGCACUAAGCGAAACACCACACGACCAGACUUCAUGUCAUAUAUCUUGCAGAACAACCCGGAAAAAGGGGCUCGCUUGACUGAGCAGGAGAUUAUCUCAAACGCCAGUUCCCUUAUCGUCGGCGGCUCCGAAACAACCUCGACCCUGCUCAGCGGCCUCACAUGGCUAUUGCUUACGAACCCUGAAAAGAUGCACAAGCUCAAAGUCGAAAUCCGUGGCAAGUUUAAAACGUAUGACGAGAUUACGAUCAACGCAGUCAAUGGAUCGCCGUACCUGGUUGCCGUCAUCACUGAGGGUCUUCGGUAUUACCCUCCCAUCCCUGCUGGAUUCGGACGACAGGUAAAUACUGGCGGCGAGGUCAUCAGUGGUUACUAUAUUCCAGAGGGAACCAUAGUCUCUGUCAGCCACUACGCCGCAUACCAUUCCGAGCGAAAUUUUAAAGAUCCAGAUGCUUUUGUACCUGAGAGAUGGAUGGGUGACGAAGCCUACGCCAAUGACAACAAAACUGCCUGUCAGCCUUUCAGUCUGGGUCCACGCGGAUGCUUGGGUCGGAAUUUGGCGCAUGCCGAAAUGCGCCUCAUCCUUGCCAAGAUCGUCUGGUGUUUCGAACUUGAGCUCGAACCGAGGAGUAGAGACUGGCUAAAGCAGAAUAGGGUGACAAGACAUUGGGAAAAGCCUGAGUUGGCGGUCAGAUUAGUUAGUGUGCAAACAGUGACCCUCUGGUAUAAUGAACCCGGGACUUGA